CAGGCGCUCGGCUCCGCGCUCCCCCUACUCCCGGCACCUCGCUCGCUCCAGGCCACCUAACAGUCCACGGCCGGCAGGCAUCCACGAGUUUGCCCCGGAGCGCGGGGAAGUUUUCUGCCGGAGCUCCGCUCCUGCAAAAGGAGUACCUGCCGGCGCCGGGCGGCUCCCCUCGACUCCCCGCGAGGUUACUUUAUGGAAUGAGCCCUCAAAGGACCCCAAAAUUUUAAAGCUUUAUGGGAAAACAAAUCAUGUGGUCUUCAGAUUCAGACAUGAGGAGAAAGGCAGCCAUCUGAAGUGGUCAUGAACCCCAAGCAAGUCUUCCUCUCUCUGCUGAUAUUUGGAGUAGCAGGGCUGCUCCUCUUCAUGUAUUUGCAAGUCUGGAUGGAAGAGCAACAUACAGGGAGAGUGGAGAAGAAAAGAGAACAAAAAGAAACUUCAGGAUGGGAUCCAAUAAAUUACUUGCAGCCUGCACCCAGAAUCAUGAUUACAGAAAAAAACCAGGAACAUAUUACCAACCAGGAGAACCCCAAAUUACACAUGCCUGAGGAUCUGAAGGAAAAAAGGGAAAAUCUACUCAAGUCCCAGAGGCCCACUGGGAUAUUAACAAAGACCAGCCAUACACAAGGAGAGGAUCGGGCUCUGGGUAAGAUUUCAGGGUCAUCAAUAAAUAAAUUGAUUGAAAAACAUCAAGGAACUAAGACUCUUUUCAAGAAGUUCGGUGAGAUGAACUGGCCAUUGGACAUUCGACCUUUAAACAAAAGUUUAGUUAAAGACAACAAAUGGAAGAAAACUGAUGUGACCCAAGAGAAACGCAGGUCUUUCCUUUGGGAGUUUUGUAAGAAAUAUGGUGGAGUGAGUCAUCCUCAAUCCCAUCUCUUCCAUAUGGUAUCCAGGAUCUAUGUAGAAGACAAACACAAAAUCUUAUACUGUGAAGUGCCAAAGGCUGGCUGUUCCAAUUGGAAAAGAAUUCUGAUGGUACUGAACGGAUUGGCUUCCUCCACAUACAACAUCUCCCAUGAUGCUGUUCACUAUGGGAAGCAUUUGAAAAAGCUAGAUAGCUUCGACCUUAAAGGGAUAUAUACUCGUUUGAAUACUUACACCAAAGCUGUGUUUGUUCGUGAUCCCAUGGAGAGAUUAGUGUCAGCAUUUAGGGACAAAUUCGAACAUCCCAAUAGUUACUAUCACCCAGUAUUUGGAAAGGCAAUUAUAAAGAAAUAUCGACCAAAUGCCUGUGAAGAAGCAUUAAAUAACGGGUCUGGAGUCAAAUUCAAAGAAUUCGUCCACUAUUUACUGGAUUCUCACCGUCCAGUAGGGAUGGACAUUCACUGGGAAAAGGUCAGCAAACUCUGCUAUCCAUGUUUGAUCACCUAUGAUUUUGUAGGGAAAUUUGAAACUUUGGAAGAAGAUGCCAAUUACUUUUUACAGCUGAUUGGUGCUCCAAAAGAGCUGAAAUUCCCAAACUUCAAAGAUAGGCACUCUUCCGACGAAAGAACCAAUACUCAGGUGGUGAGACAGUAUUUAAAGGAUCUGAGUAGAACUGAGAGACAGUUAAUCUAUGACUUUUAUUACUUGGAUUAUUUGAUGUUUAAUUACACAACUCCAGUUUUGUAGUUCGUAUUUAUUUUCUAAAGCCCUGUGUUUACUUAUGGUUGCCCUCAAAUCGGCUACUGUAAUUUUUCUAUAAUUCUCUGUGCGAGGGAAAUUUAACUGAGUACAGUUGUCUUGAUUUAAUGAUGAUUUUUACCAAAUGGCAUGAUACCAAUUGGCACAAAGUUAUAGGAAAAUCACGGAGUGAAGACAUGUAAACAACCUGAGUUGCUUUAACAUUUUUAGAAAAGAGCUGCUUUAGCAUUAUGGAUCAUGUUGUUGAAGCAAUAAUCUAACCAGCUGCUGCAUUAACUGAAAAAACAGGCUCUUGAGAUGAUAGAAUAAGGAGUCUAAAAUAGCAUGAAUGUGUAUCUAUAUUGUGGAGUUCACUGUCUAAAGUGCAUGAAUCUAUUUUUAGCAGUCUGUGACAUAAUCAAACCAUUGGAUAGUUUUCUUACACCUGGAAAUCUUUCUAUCAACUGUAAUGAUAAAUCCAUUUUGAAAUGAUAUUUUGGGCUUGGGCAUUUUGCUUUAGACAUUAUGUAUUUAUAGUAUGAAACUGCAGAAAAACCAGAUGAGACUAUGGCUUUUUUAUAUUUAACAGCCAAUAAAAAAAAGCACAACAUGCUAAGAUCAAAGCAACAAAAGCGACCUUUCUCUUCCAGAAAAACUUAAGAGGAUUGAUUCUGUUUUCUUCUGAGCCCUCCAUGAAGAGACAAAAUGAACACAACCGCUAAAGUUCUUCAUUUCUGAAGCAGGCAGCUGAGAGGUUUAAGCCUCAUCAGAUCUAAAUGUGCUCCUAAUUUCAGUUUAAUUGGGCAGAGGGGAAAUCGUUUCAGGAUGGAAUAAUCAUCAAAAACAAAAGUUGCCCUUCUGAAUAUAGACCUCUAACAAUAACAAAGUUUUAUAAGAAUAUUAUUUGAAUCAAAGCAUCAUGUGCAUAACUUUAUAUGUGGAAUACACUCUAAGAAUAGCUUUUGUUUGCAGUCUAAUUAUUCAGCUUGGGAAUGACUUUUUAAAAACUAAUAUACCACUUCAAAGAUAGGUUAUGUUCUAGAGAAUAAACAUAACAAGAGCCCCUAGAAAUGUUUUUUAAUAGGCUUAUGCAUAAGCAAAUUAAGGUAUUUUCUUUUUAAGUUUAAAUAUUCUAUACUAACAAAGUAAAAUACCAUUGCAUUCAAAUGUUAAAUCAAAGUCUUUGGAAAAUAGGACCAUGUGUCACUCUUAUGAAAAUUUAUAAUGUAUUUUGGAAAUUUUUUCCAAGGGAUACUAAAUUAAAAGACACAUUUAGAUGGGAAAUUUAUUUUAAUUGGUCAACUAUUACCCUGAAUUAAGCAAACCACAUGCCACCCAGACCCUGUUUAAAUGCCUUUCUUGAACAUUUUCCUCUUCCUAAGUGAUUUAUCGAUUAUCAGUAAAUGUUCAGUAUGUCUCUCAAAGAAAAGUUGCAUUAAUGAUUGAAUAUUGAUAGGCCAAGAUUGUUACAGUCAUAACUUAUUUCAUUUUUCCUUUUCAUUUCAUAACUGUCUGUUCAUAAACGGUUUCGCUCUUUACAUCACCUGCCCUGGCCCAUCUGUGCCUCCUAAGGAGUGACUAAAUUGCCACAUGCUGAGUCAUCAGAAGUAUUAAACCUACUCAACCAAGUUUUUAGUACUUUUCCACUCCAUGCCCUCUGGUCUCUAGAUGGUACAUUACUCUAGAGUAAUCUCUUAAAUUAUAUAAAUUAAAAUUUUGCUGUUACAGAGAAUGGAUUCUUGGUAACUUAGAGACAGUGAAAUUGUCAUUUUGUGGAGAAAGAGAAAGAGAGAGAGAGAAUAUGAAAUAUCCCAAGAAACCUGAAAUUUUACCCUAAGCUACACAAAGCUAGUUUUAGAUGGAAUAUGUAACAAAGGAUAAAGGCCAUUUUCUCAAAGGUAUUCCUAAAACCAUAUAGCAAACAAAACAUAACUUUUUUCUCAUAAAUUUUGAAAGGAAAAAAAAUGGAAGCAAGAGUCCUGUCUCUCUUAUUGCCAUUUCUAAUCAUUUCUAAUGCAUUGAGGAGGACAGGAUACACACACACACACACACACACACACACACACACACAUGCACACGUACACACACACAUAUGUGAUUAUUUGGCUUUGAUAAUAGAGAAGAGGUGUGGCAGGGGAAAAAAAAUGAUGUACAAUGCUCUUUAUCAAUAGCUGUUCUGUACCUUUUGGAGUACAGGCCCAUCCCUUAUCUGUGGUUUCACUCUCCACAGUUUUCAUUACCUGUGACCAAUCAUGAUCUGAAAAUAGUAAACGGGAAAUUCCAGAAAUAAGCAAGUCAUACAUUUUAAAUUAUGCACCACUCUGAGGAGCAUGAUGUAACCUCUCGCCCUCCCAUUCUAUCUCUCCUGAAACAUGAAUCGUCCCUUUGUUCAGCAUUUCCACACUGUAUAUGCUACCUGUUCAUUGGUUACCUAGCAGUCAUCUACAAUCAGAUCGACUGUCAUGGUAUUGCAGUGCUUGUGUUUAAGUAACCUUCAGGUAGUAGGCUAACACCACAUCACCAUGCCUGUAUCAUUCACCUCACCUCAUCUCAUCUCAGAUCACCACAAGAAGGGUACUAUAUUGCAGUGAGAUAUCUUGAGAGAGAGAGAGAAAGACCACAUUCAUAUAAAUUUUAUUGCAAUAUAUUGUAAUAAUUGUUCUAUUUUCUUAUUAGUUAUUAUCAUUACUCUCUUACUGUGCUUAAUUUAUCAAUUAAACUUUACCACAGGUAUUAUGUAUGUAUAGGAAAAAUACAUAGCCUAUAUGGAAUAUUGGUACUGCCUAUGGUUUAAAGCACCCACUUUGGGGCUUGGAACACACCUCCCAUAAAUAAAAGGGAACAACUCUAUACACUCCUUUUCUGACCCCUCCAUUGAGCCUAUAUAACUACAGAUAGUCCUUCCUUCAUUCAUUCCCCAAAUAAACUCUCUGAAGCUGUAUGGUUGUAUGGUGGUGCAUUCCAGAGACCAGGAAUUUUCCACAGAAGUACAAGCUAUUCAUGCACCUACCCUUCAUUUUGGAUGCCUUCUUUUCAUGUCAGAGCCAAAGACACCAGUCAUCACCCUGGAGUCUUUAUGAUUUUAAAUACCUACUUCAUUUACAACCCCUGCACUGUUCUGCUUCACAAGCCAGAGCACACCCACCUUCAUCAUUUCUGCCUGUGUAUCAAUUCAGGUGGGAACAUCACCAUUCCUUUGGACGGUCACCAUUUUGUGUUAAUUUAUAAAGGCAAGUGACCAAAUCCAGACUCAUCUUCCAGAUGUCCAAUGUUCUCGUUUUAACACUAACAUGCUUCAAGUGUAAUUAUAGUUCCUCUAAUUAAACCCCAAGGAUCCUAUUUGUUUUUAUAGGCAGCAGAAACACGAUGGGCAGGCCCUUCACUCUGUUAUUCCCCUGUCUGGAAUUACUAUUAAGGUAACAAGUUGGCAAUUAAAUCCAAAACCACAGUUAUUUGAUCUGGAAAGCUACCUAUGGAUAUGCAUUAUUGAUGUGAUUGCACCCAGAAACCACCACAAACUUUAAAGUACAUGUGGUAUAGGACACCCAGUUUUCUGAUUUCCUCAUGAGUGUUUGGAAAUAUCCAUUAAGCCAAUGGAAACAGGAGGCCAUGUGCCCAUAUUCUCUAAUUUAACAGUCUAUCAAAUAUUCUCUAGCCGUUCAAGAGCUACCUAGCUGCCCUUUAUAAUUUGAAGGGGGAAAAAUACUUUUAUACUUUAUUCAUGAAUAAUUGCUCUUCCAAAAGGUAUUAUCCUCUAAAACAUGAAGUGAUUACAGAGGGGAAUAUAUGUGCAGAUGCAGAGAAUCUUAUUAGAGUUCCCUUUGAGAUCUCCCACUGAGCUAAUAGAAUUUAGGAAUAGCAGGCAGUCAACACAGUAAACAUCUUCAUGAUGUGAAUUCUUCUUUGGCCUCUUGGGGCAUCUUCAGCCUCUAGGUCUUUAUGGUACCUGGAGACACAGAAGUUUCUUUGCCCAGGGCUAACAUCCCCAGUGUGUACCGAUAUUUGAAGAAUGUUUGGCCAAAAGUGUUCAGUAGUAGCUCACCCACCCAAGACCUUUAGAACAAAGCUAACAUCGUUUAAUCCUACCAGGAUUCUGCCUUCUCAAUCUUGAUCAUAGUCAUCAUAAUAAUAUUUAUGAUCACAGCUAACAUUGAUUCAACACCUCUGUGUAUUGGCCACUUCUUAAGUAUUUUCCAUAGAUUAAUCUAUCUAUUCUCCACAGUUAAUCUUACUUAGAUGCUAUUAUAAGCAGCCCCCUCCCUUCCCACAUCUAAUAAAGGAAACCCAAAAGUGUGGUUAAGUAACUUGCCAAAAGAGACAGUUAGGAAGUACAUAGGGAGCCAGGAUAAAUGCAAGCAGAAAUACCACUGCCAAACUCUUUUCUUAAAAUAUUAUAAACUUAAAUAUUUACUUUUGCCUUCUCUUACCUAAAUUUAAAACAGCUAAAGGUGAAAAAUAUGUAUUAUAGUCUUGAAUUUUUCAGUACAGAUAUAAAUGUGUGUAUUUAGUUAGUAUGUGUCAAACCGGUUUAUCCCUUUACUCCUGCUGAGUCAAAGAUUUUUGAAGAAAUUAGUCUUACCCUGCUCUACAUUUUCUUAAACCACAAUUGAUCACGAGAUGCUCUAUUUUUUUUUAAUGAACAAAAAAAUCCCUCAAACAAAUUUAAUCUAACAAAAAACAAAAUAUCAUUUUUACAAGAAAUUCCAGAUGGGAAUAGUCAAGGUCAAGAGGAAUACAGUUAAGAGGAAGAAAGGUCAGUCAACUUUCCCCACAUAAGCACUUAACCACUUCAGUAGCUACUGAAGAUGGUCAUGGCUCAGCAAAUGAGUCACAGUAACACCUCCACAAGUCCCAUGAGAAACUAAGCAACUAUCCAUUGUCUCUUUUUCCUGAGUUCUCAUCCCCAGAACCAGUUUAGUAGUCAGAUAACUGAGCUGACUUAGGAAGAUGGUAGAAAAGAAUAGAGGAACACAGAGGAACAUGUUGACUUAAACCAACUGGAAGCACCACAAAGAAAGGUCAAGAUGAAUAAGAGCUGAACUAGAAGGUGAGGGGCUUUUCCUAAGCCAGCGGGAUACACUGCCUAGAGAAGACCAAGUCUGAGGAGUUCCACAUCAUUCACUUCUCAGAAUUGCCUGGUCACUAGCAUCUCAGUUCUCCCCAAGAUGGUAGCCUUCCAUGCAAAUGUAUUCAAGUCCAUUUAAGCCCUCAUCUUUUCCCAUCUCUGAGGCUCUGCUCAACUCUCAUCCCCUAUAUGGAAUGCUGUCUUCUCUAAAUACUUGGACUACUUUGUCUCAUAUUAACUCACCAAGGAAUCUCAGGUUAUUCAGUUUUGAAAUCUCAUCUCUUCAUGAACAAUCUGAUCAAUGGGAAAAGUCAAAAUUAUUUUCUCAUGUGACACACAUCAGACACAUAUGAAACAGUGGAGACAUUUAUUCCUUUAGUGUUUUUUAUUUUCUUUUGUGCUUCAUUAAUUUGUUUGUUCAUUUGCUAUCUGUCUCUUCUUAUGUGAACAUAAAAUCUGUUGUUGUCUCUGGAACAUGUCUUAGAUCUUCCAAGAGUAAAGGAACUGCAUCUGCCUGAUUCACCUUGUACUCUGUCCAAGAGACCAGAUAUGGAGAGUUAAUGUAACAAAUGCUUUUGUUGCUGAAAAUUAAAGAUCCUUUUCUUAGUGUAUAUUUCUGCCUUACGACUUUCAGACAUCCAAAGGACCAAAGAAUCUAGAGAGAAGACACUAAGCCAGGGCAACUGAAGGGAAGGUUGUUUACCACCUGCCUUUGCUACACUGACAGACACACAUAGCCCAAAGGAUAGAUGUGGACAAAGCAAUGUUUUAUAUUUCUAAAAAUAUGCACUGUUUGAUUAUUUUUGGAAUAAAAUAUUGAAAAAUUCCUAAUUCCAGUCAAUAGAAGAGCCAUUUACUAUCACAACUAAGGUAGCAGACACCAGAAAAAAAUAGUCAUUUAAUGACAUGAAGAAUAGUCCUAAACCUUAUCCAAAAAAUCUAAAAAUAAGGUAUUAUCCCACCCACGAUUUUAUGAAUGAGAAAACUGAGUGUCAGAGAGUCUUAAUAACUAGUCCCAGAGUCAGAAUCGAGCCAAAGUCUGUCUGACUCCAAAAUAGAGACCACACACUAGCAGCCCCUGGGGACAGAUCUGGACAUAAAUGUAUUUGGCUUGGCCUACAGUGCAUUUUAUUUAAUGUUUUUCAGUUGUCAACAUUUCAAAACUGGAACUUUUUCAUUAGCAAGACAGGAUUUGUUACCCCACAUCCUACGUUCCCAUUGGAAAAUAGUAGGGCACAGGUGAGGUAGGCUAGAGAUCCCUGGGUGUUCUCACUCCACCCUGCCACCUCACCUGCCUGGUACCAGGUCCCUCACUUUCCACCCUGUUCUGAGUGUGUGUUCUUUCAUCCACUCAGCUCACAAGGGAAAAGAAGGGGCUGAACAGUUCCUUUAACCAUGUCUGCAUUGUGCCAUUGGCGAUUUUGUCACCUUCUGAGUGUCCUUAUCCUUCCUCAGGGUGCUGCUUUUCUGCUGGUGCUGUAUCUAGUGGGAU